AUGUAUACACAACAGUCUAGGAAACAACAGCGUAUACAGCAACAGCCUAGGAAGCAACAACGUAUACAGCAACAGCCUAGGAAGCAACAACGUAUACAGCAACAGCCUAGGAAGCAACAACGUAUACAGCAACAGUCUAAGGGAAAGUCAGGAAACAACAACGUAUACAGCAACAGUCUACAGCAACAGAGGACACAACAACGUAUACAGCAACAGUCUAGGAAACAACAAGUAACGUCGCAACAGCCUAGGAGCACGGACAAGCAAGCAUUAGGCAACAGCCUUCAACAACGUAUACAGCAACAGUCUAGGAAACAACAACGUAUACAGCAACAGUCUAGGAAACAACAACGUAUACAGCAACAGUCUAGGAAACAACAACGUAUACAGCAACAGUCUAGGAAACAACAACGUAUACAGCAACAGUCUAGGAAACAACAACGUAUACAGCAACAGUCUAGGAAACAACAACCAACAGCUAGGAAACAACAACGUAUACAGCAACAGUCUAGGAAACAACAACGUAUACAGCAACAGUCUAGGAAACAACAACGUAUACAGCAACAGUCUAGGAAACAACAACGAAUACAGCAACAGACUAGGAACCAACAACGUAUACAGCAACAGGCUAGGAAACAACAACGUAUACAGCAACAGCCUAGGAAGCAACAACGUAUACAGCAACAGCCUAGGAAACAACAACGUAUACAGCAACAGUCUAGGAAAGCAACUACGUAUACAGCAACACAACAGUCUAGGAAACAACAACGUAUACAGCAACAGUCUAGGAACCAUCAACGUAUACAGCUACAGUCUAGGAAACAACAACGUAUACAGCAACAGUCUAGGAAACAACAACGUAUACAGCAACAGUCUAGGAAACAACAACGUAUACAGCAACAGUCUAGGAACAACAACGUAUACAGCAACAGUCUAGGAAGCAACAACGUAUACAGCAACAGUCUAGGAAACAACAACGUAUACAGCAACAGUCUAGGAAACAACAACGUAUACAGCAACAGUCUAGGAAACAACAACGUAUACAGCAACAGCCUAGGAAAACAACAACGUAUACAGCAACAGCCUAGGAAACAACCACGUAUACAGCAACAGUCUAGGAAGCAACAACGUAUACAGCAACAGUCUAGGAAACAACAACGUAUACAGCAACAGCCUAGGAAACAACAACGUAUACAGCAACAGCCUAGGAAGCAACAGAUCAUAUUACUGCCAGCAGUUAAGACGGAGAGGAAACAACAAGUAUACAACAACAGUCUAAGGAAACAACAACGUAUACAGCAAGUCUAG